GGAGGGGUCCCCGCGGCUUUAUCUCCCACCCGGCUCCACCCGCCGCCGGCUGUCUCCCGUGACCGCACCGCACCGGCGGGCGCAGCGCCGGCCAGGGCAGCGUCCAUGGGCUGCGGCAACUCCACGGCCGGUGGCGCGGGCAGGCGAGGUGCUACAGGGACUACUAAAGAUGUAGCAGAAGAAUCCAUAUCAGAUGAUGACAAAAGGAGGAACUAUGGCGGGGUGUACGUGGGCCUGCCGUCAGAUGCAGCUGCCAUGGCUCCCAGUCAGACAAAAGCUGCACCCAAAGAAGGAAAUAAAGACAUCAAGAUGCAAACAGCCCGAGUCUUUUAAGAACAGUUGCCGGUGCUUUGGAGAGAGCUGUGUUUGUGCUGAAGAUUUUGAUAUUUACACAGCCUUCCGGAGAGCAAGAGAGAUCAGAGCACCAAAAAAUCCAAACUGUUGCAAGUUCCAACUACGGAUAAAGCUUAGAGUACAGUGUUGAAUCCGUUUCCAAUGAUAGUUGCAUUAUGGAAACCUCCUGCUGUUUUCCAGUGAAAGAUGAAAUUAGUGAACUCAUGGUGGAUGUUUAUGCACAAGAGCUAACUUUGAUGAUCUGCAACUUAUUUCUCUGUGGCCAUAUUGCAGAUUCCAUCAGCUAUCAGCUACGCUUCAUAUAUUUCCUCAAACAAGUUUGAUAGAUUUUAUAUAGAAAACCAUCACUACUGUCCACUCAAUAGUUUCUAUGAUAGGUUCCUUAUAUUAAUUGCUAUUUUACUUCAGAUUAAUAUAUUUGACAAGUUUGCAUCUUUUUGAGAAUAUUGCAAAUUUUAAUAUUUUUGCUGUGAAAUAUUAAGAAUAGAAUGAAACAAGUUAAAGACCUUAAGGUUCUUUAUAAUUAUUACUGUUCCUUUUAUACCAUGAGACAAAUUCUUAGUGUUUAAUUUUCACCUUGUAAAAAGAUGUUGCUCAAGGAAAUUGAUUCAAAUAAGAACGAUAUACUUCAUUGUAUUAUUUACAUGUCUGUUUAUAUGCUAUAUCUCUUUUAUAAAGCAUUACAUGUAAAAAAAAUACUAACAAAAUAAACUAUUCUAUAUUCCCUUCCACGUAAUAAUAAUAAUAACAUGUCCUUUCCUAAGGAUGAAGUGAUAGUAUUUUCAGAGAUAGUGGGACUGAACUCCAGUGCUGCAUCCUUCCUGACCUGUAGAGGACUUUUGAUCACUAUUAGAGUUUUGUAUCCCUGUCUCAUUGGAAAGCAUCUCCAGUAUGGCAAAUUGAAACAGAAUGAGAAUUAUUACUACUUUAGCAAAUUGUUCAGGUUUUAAAAUUCUUUAAGUUAAUAGCAAUUGUAAGUUUCACAUAGAACAUAAAACAGAUUGUACAUUUACAGAUGGCUGAAUAAGUAUUUAAACUAUUAAAGCCUUUUGCAUUAUUCUUUA